AUGAAGCUGGUAAUUCUCCAAAUUUUAACAAUUAUUAGUUUGGCCGUUGCUGAAACAAUAUAUGAAACAGAAACAGAAACGGUUUAUGUAAUUAAAGAACAAACAACAACUACAACAGCUACAACUUAUUUCAACCACACUGUAUAUUUGAACUAUACCAAUUCAUCAACUACGUUAACUAAUAGUUCAAUUUCAUUAACUGACUUAUCACAGACCAGUUCUGCAAAAGUCGAACCAAAAGUAAUUGUACAGCCUAUUGUUACUGAAAUAGUUGUACCUGUUGAAGAUGUAGUUGAACCAACACCAGAACCAAUUGCAGUUCCAGAGCAAGUUGAAGUAGUUGCCCCAGAACAAGCUGAAGUAGUUGUUCCAGAACAAGCAGAAGCAGUUAUCCCACAACCAAAAACCACUCCAAAACAACAACCUACAACAUUAGUAACAUCAGAGAAACCAAAAGCUACUCAACAAAGUAAUUCGGAAUUAACUUCAUUCCAAUCUGAUAUUUUAAAUGCUCAUAAUUUAAAAAGAGCGGCUCAUGGAGUGUCACCAUUGAAAUGGUCUUCUCAAUUAGAAAGUUAUGCUCAAAAUUAUGCAAAUGCUUAUGAUUGUUCAGGAAACUUAAAACAUACAGGUGGACCUUACGGAGAAAACUUAGCAGCUGGUUUCAAAUCAGGCAGUGAUUGUACACUGGCGUGGUAGUUUGUAGACAAGUUUAUUGAAGUGGUUGGCAACUCGUUCUUUCAUUGGAAAGCUCAGAAUGUCAAUUUAUUUUAAAGAAUUUUUACUAACUAAUAUCUAGUUCUGAAGGUUUAAACUAUGAUUAUUCAACAGCUACAAGGUUUGAUCAUUUUACUCAAGUUAUAUGGAAGAGUACUACUGAAUUGGGAUGUGCCUAUAAAGACUGUAGCUCGAAUAACUGGGGAAUGUAUAUUAUCUGUAGUUAUAAUCCACCAGGUAACUUCGUUGGUCAAGGUAAAGAAAAUUUAAUGCCGCCAGUUUGA